UAAGUUAACAGUUGGUUCUCAAACGUGCUCGCAAUUCGCGAUGUUGUUUUUCUGCCCGUCUUGCGGCAAUAUAUUAAUUAUUGAAGAGGACACCUCCAGCCACAGAUUCACGUGCAACACGUGCCCAUUCAUUUCGAAAAUCAAGCGCAAGAUAUCCACAAAAACCUACCCGCGACUCAAGGAGGUGGAUCACGUUUUGGGCGGUGUAGCUGCGUGGGAGAACGUGGACUCCACGGAUGCCGAGUGCCCGGCCUGCUCACAUAAGCGCGCAUACUUUAUGCAAAUACAAACACGCUCAGCGGAUGAGCCCAUGACCACAUUCUACAAGUGCUGCAAUCACCAGUGCGGUCACACCUGGCGCGACUAGACUCAUGCGCUACCUACAGACACUACUGCUCAGACGCCUCCACGGUACCCGCCCACAUUUACAGUCCAGCUGCAGCAGCAGCAACAACAUGCAGACAAAGCAGCAGAACCAGCCGACUCCAGUCUGUGCUGUGGCAUCGCUGGAUGCUCUGAAACUGGCCGAGCAGUGCCUGCAUCUUGGCCAGGUUA